ACAGCAACAUGAAAACAUGUUGCGACGGUAGUGCGUAGAGUUAAAUAAGUAUCCGAAUAAAACAAAUUGUAAUUUACCGAAUUACAGCAAACAUUAAAGAAUAAACAAAAUAAAACAAUACGCGUAUUAAAGUGAAUUAAGAUAAUAAUAUGAAUAACAAAUUGUCUAAAGAAAUAAGUGAAAAUUGAAGCAAUAGUUUAUCGAAGAUACCAGCAAAUCAACAAAAAGUUUUUUAUAACUCAAUGUGUGUCUGUGCAAUUUCCUUAAAAAGUGUGUAAAAAAUAAAGAGGGGGCAAUCUUUACAACAGUAUAUAGGAAUAAAAAAUCAAGUAUUUAAUAUAAAAUAGAAAAAAUAAAGUGAUAAAUAAUAAAACCUAAAGUGAAAAUAAAAUAUGACAACAAUAAUAGCAAUAUAGAAAAUAAUAACAAACCAAAAAAUAUAAAAUGUAAUAAUAAAGUGUAGUGCAAUGUAAAUAUAAAAAAAUAUUGUUUAUAAAUAAAGUACAACAAUUGGAAAACAUACACUAAAAUCAUAUUAGAAAAAAUAAACAACAAAACUACACAGCACACGAAGAUUUUAUUUUAAAAAAAAUCUCUUCAAGGUCUCCACUAAUGUUAAAUGUUCUAUUUGCUGCCACGUUAAGGAUCGUAAGCAGAGCAAAAAGUGAGUGGUGUGAGUUGGAGUUUUGUUGGUAGAUUGUUAAGUGUUUGGAGGGCUGGAGCAGCGGCAGUAAAGUAAGUGAUUGCUUACAAUUUGUGCGUGGCAAAGUAUUGGAGAUGGCAAGGCAAAUGGUGGCAAAUUAAAAACAGUAUCCUGCCUAAAUGUAUAUGCAGAACACACACACAACAAUAAAAAGGACCAUUUUAGCAAUUUCUGCUUGCUAGCAAGGAAAAUAGACUCUAUAAAGCGCUAAUUGUAUUAUAAUAAAGUGAAUAGAGAAAAAAAGGCCGUAACAAAAGCAGCAUAAAGAGCUCAAAUGGAAAAGAGAAAAAGAAAAAUUUAUUUAAAUUGAAAAACGGAAUUUCCACAAAUGAGGAAAAUCUAUUGUCGACGAACAGACAAACGCACUUGUGGAAUCAUUAAACUAAGCCUAUCAAGUGAUUACGGCAAAUAGAGGAGUCAGGAGUGGGUGGCUGCUAUAAUGAGGAAGCUUUAAUUAGGGGAAACAAAGGUUUUAAAUGAAACUAAAAUCAUUUAAAAAUCCCUAACCAUCUCUAAACAUAAAACAAUUUGUAAAUGUAAAGAGAUACAUUGCAAAAAGGUAGAUGACAAUUAACACCUGGGUUCAUACAAAAUAAAACCAAUAGGUUUUGCUAUUGUUAAGAGUCGCUAAAACUCAUUAAAAUACAAAAAAACAUUAACAAAACGCUAUAAGGGCCUUACUUUUGCGACCAACCAAUCAACCACACUUUCGUAACAUUAAAGCCAGAGACAACAAGAAAACAAUCGGAUUAAUUCAUUCCAUGUUCCACAUGUAAAUAAUCGAACAUAUUGUUGCCUGUGGAGAUUAAAACGGAUUUCCUGCACAACACCAAGCCAGUAAAACAACACGCCAAUACAUAGUUGUUAACACGGAAAAACGCUAAAAUACCAGGGAUUAAAUGUUACAAUAAAACAAAAGCAAAGUGUAAAAAACCAAAUCUUCAUUCCCCUAAAAAAAAAACAAACACUCAAGGCCUAAUCCCCCUACAACAAACAUAAACUCUAGUCGGUUCAACAAACGCAAAAAGUCAUCCCCCAUAAACACUUACCCUUAUACGGAAAUGUUUUACUUAACACAGAUUUUAAAACGAAUAAUUUAAUUCGCUCCCCUCCCAUCCCAACUAUUUCUAACGCCCAGUGUGAGUGUUUUUAUUUUGUAUGUCUUGUUUAAUGAACCUUUUUGCUUCUCGCUUUUCAACUUUAACCAUUUUAAAACGUUCGCAAUUAAUUGGUAUUAUUAUCGUUAUUGUUGCUGUUGUUCCACGUUAUGGAUCAUGCCUUUGGUGAAGGAAAAGCUAGAGACCAAAGAAAUCAUCAAGGAUAUGCGCAAAAACGUUUCGGUACAAGUUGAUAGUGAUUUUGCUUUACUUCUGCCCAGCGGUGUUUAUGAAAUCAAAAAAAUGGAACCACGUUCAAAAAUACGAACCAUUAUCGUAUUUUGUUUAUUUUUGGCCAUAGCGGGUAUUAUCGGAUUCGGUUACUUCUGUCAAGAUCAGGUCUGUGCAUUAUCAAAACGUAGCAUGAUUUUACAACCAGAUUUAUUAUCAUACAAUGAUAUACCACAACAGCCACCACUACCACCCGGUGCUAUUGGAUCGGCCUCUGCACAGGCUGUAGCAACAGGAGCCUUAAUAGUUCAUCAGCAACAGCAGCAGCAGCAGCUGCUGCAACAAUUGCAUCAGCAGCCACUACCGAUGGCCUCGACCAAAACAAUACAACAGAAUAAUAUAAUUAUAGCCAAUGCUGGCUUAAGUUAUGACGAUGUACUAAAUGAUGAUUUUCAAUUUGAUAUGGAUGGUCAUGAUGUAAUGGUAUUUUUGCAUAUACAAAAAACUGGUGGAACAUCGUUUGGUCGUCAUUUAGUGCGUGACUUGGAUUUAAAGAGACCCUGUGAGUGCCAACGACAACGCAAACGCUGCUAUUGCUUCCGUCCACAUCGCAAUGAGAAUUGGCUAUUUUCACGCUACUCAACCGGUUGGAAAUGUGGCCUGCAUGCCGAUUGGACCGAACUCACCUCAUGUGUCGAUCAAGAGCUCGAUAAAAACGAAGGUGAAUCGGCGAAACGAAGAUAUUUCUAUAUAACUCUACUGCGAGAGCCUAUAGCACGUUAUAUGUCUGAAUACAGACAUGUUAAAAGAGGAGCCACCUGGAAGGGCUCACGGCACUGGUGUCUGGGUAGGCAAGCAACGUCACAGGAACUGCCACCCUGUUAUAAGGGCAAAGAUUGGUUAGAUGUAACCAUAGAUGAAUUUGCCGGUUGUGAUUCUAAUUUGGCGGCCAAUCGACAAACGAGAAUGUUGGCCGAUUUGGCUUUGGUGGGUUGUUACAACACAUCGGCCAUGCCGUCGCACGAAAGAGAUCGUGUCAUGCUGGCCAGUGCUAAAAGGAAUUUGGCUGCCAUGGCCUAUUUCGGUUUAACGGAAUAUCAAAAGAUUUCCCAAUAUAUAUUUGAAGAAACUUUCAAUUUGCGCUUUGCCAUACCCUUCGAACAGCACAAUACCACCCUCUCGGUAUCGGCCAUACACAAUUUACGACCCGACCAAAGACGCCACAUAGAAGAAUUAAAUAGUUUAGACAUUGAAUUGUAUGCUUUUGCCAAAAAUUUAUUAUUUGAAAGAUUUGAACAUCUUAAAGCUAAAGACAACGAUUUUGAAAAACGUUUUGCCAACUUAGGCAACAUUUAUUAUAAACAGGGUGUUACCGAAUUCAAUUGGGACAGUAAUAUCGAUGAAACUGUUAGCACAGAACAUUGAAUAUUCCAAAAAAAAAAAAAUCAAAAACUUUAA